UUGCAGGAAACAGAUGCGUGGUGCAACAAACACUUUUCGAAAAGCAUAGGCGCGUGAAGUCCCGGAGCUGUUCCGGAGCACCUCCUAGUCAAGAAGAGAUUUAUCUUGUUUUUAUUAAAAAUUAGAAUUUAAAGUUUCAUAAAUUCCCUUUAAUUAAAUGAUUUUUCUAAAUAAAAACCAUUAAAAUUCAAUAAAACACAUUUGAAUACAUCAUAACAUAGUUCUAAUGGCUUUGAGAGGGCUUAUUUUAUCAACAAACAGUCGGACUAUUUUGCAGGAAAAGUUAGCUUCAUUUAUCCCAAAUGUAAACUCCCAGUUCGUAAGAUAUCGUCGCACCAAACACUGGGACCCAAAAUGGAAGCAGUUACGUCGCCUGAAAGUUUUUAAAAUCGAUUUGCCCAAUUUCCGUGAGAAAAACUCUGAUUUAACUGAAGAACAAAUAAGACAGCGUCUGAAAGAGAAUGGCUUGCUGCCUCCGAGGCCCUGGCAAGAGCAGCAAGUCUCCAUAUCAUCUACAGGACAAGUUUUCGAGCCUUACAUACCUCCUGAAGGGGACGGCAAAAUAUCUCCGAUAACUACUCAAGGGGCCAAACAGAAUUUGCAAUACUUGGAAAAGAAAGGCAAGACGAUGCUUUCCGUAAGGAAAAUCAGGCAAUAUGAAGAAGAGUUUGAUGCAGCGACGUUUUGCAAAGAAGCCACCCAAAUCUACAUAAAAACGCACGAGUUGAUGGCGAAAAAUGACCCAGAUAUCAUCAAAUACGUAACUGAAAGGGCUUAUCCUGAAAUCAUCCACAACACCAACAAUAAAACCAUUAAUUGGCAAUACAUUAAAGACAUUGAAAUGCCAAGAAUUGUUCAUGCAAGGCACACAAACGUCAUCACUCGAGACAAUAUUUUUGCUCAAGUAACCGUGAGGUUCCACACAAAGCAAAUUUUGGCGAUUUACGAUCGCUUUGGCAGGCUCAUGCACGGCAGUCAGAUUUUGGCCAAAGAUGUUUUGGAGUAUGUGGUGUUUGAAAAGCACAUGUCCAAUCAGUAUGGUAUUUGGAGGGUGCACGAUAAAAUUGUGCCUGAUUGGUUGCCACCAAAGGAACCUUCUAGGAAAACCCAUUAUAUGAUUGCAGAUGCUACAAGAGUGGAUAAUAAAGUAGAAACUGUGUCUUAAGUAGCUUUUUUAUAAAUAAAAUUUUUAGAACUUA